AUGUUCCGGCGUCACCCCGGCCGGGGGCCCCAGCAGGUGGCGCCCAAGAGGUGUCCCGGCGCUGGCGAUCGACCGAGACCCCAGGUGCUGCCCAAGCUGCCCUCGCCGGAGCGCCGAGCCGGCCGUUGCGCGGGGUGCAAGGGGUGCGCGGGAGCCUCAGGGGGCUCACACGCCUCCAGGGCCUACUCUUCGUGGUGGCAGGAGCGGGACACCAAGCCCCGGGCGGGCGUCCGGAGUCCCCCGUCGCGCCUGCCCAGACUACACACCGUGACCUCGCGGGCGACGGAGGACUGCGCGGGGCUGAGGACCCCGCUGCUGCCGCCGCUGCUCUCCACCGAGCGGCCGCGGGGGUGCGCGUGCCGGUGCCCCCCGCCUGGGCGGGGCCAGGACCCCCAGAGAGGUGUGGCCGAGGAGGACCCCCUGGGCGCGCUGCUGGGAGAGUUCCUCCCCAGCAGGUUCAGAGAGUUCCUGCACCAGUUGCAACAGAAGUGUGCGGAGCAGCCCGAGCCGCAGAUGUCGGCAGCACCACGAUAUCAAAAGUGUGUGUUCCAGCCCCGGCGAAGUUCUUCUCAGUGCCACACCUGCCCACUCCUCUCAGACCUGUGGGGUCAGCCAUCACACUUCCAGGACAAUUGUAGGAAGAUUUCGCUCCAUCAGAUACCGUCCCUGAGUCACCAAAGGGGUGAUCCACCACAAUUCACCACGGGCAGAAACACCAACCAGCUCCACAGCACACAGGUCCCCAAGGCCAAGGCUCACAACUCCUCUGGGGAAGGCUUGGGGUACCGCAGGCGCUGUUGCCCUUUCCGGGUCCGAUUUGCUGACGAGACCCUACGAGACAGCACCCUCCGCUACUUGGAGCGCCGCUGUGCAGUCCCGUCAAACAUCAAGAGCAGGACCACCUUGCUGCCAGCGUUAUCGGAUCAGGUGUUCGGGAGCAUUCAGAAAUGGCUGGAGAGUUUGCCCAAAGCCGUAUCCCCCAGGGCCAAGGAAGAAGCCAGGACCAGCUCCUGGUGCUGGGACUGCCCGCGCCUGUUCCCCCAGGAGCUGCAGGGCUACCUUUCUAAGGACACCUCCGUGAAGAGCCGGCUGCCAGGGCCGUUCAUCCCCAGGGCCCCCACCCAGAGGCAGAGGGGGCCCCUCAGAACCUCCCUGGACACCCUCAACAUCCUGGAUCAGGUGGGCAGAUUGCCCGGCUCCUGGAGGCAAAAGCUGGGGGUUGACGGCAGCACCUGCCCCCUCGGGCGGCGGUGCAGAAUCCUGCUGGCCCCAGGCAGCCCCGGCUCCUGCCUGAGGCCCCGGCAGCGCCCAGCUGACCCUCCUCACUCUAGGAGUCCUUCCUGCCCAACUUGGUGCUGCAGUCCAUCCUGAAGCGAGGCCACCCCAAGGGCUACCAGCUCCUCCUGCCUUCCACAGUCCUGCAGCAGGCUUGGAGGAGAAUGCCCACGGAGCCCCAGUCCAGGGGAGCACCCAGGCCCGGCAGUGAGAAAAGUGUCCCCU